AGGAGGAGAGAGGCUUCAGGCUGGGAGGGUUAGGAGAAGGAAGGAAGGAAGGAAGCCAGUUUAGAGAAAAAGCAACCCCCCUCCUCCUCCUCCUCCUCUUCCUCCACCUCCUCCUCCUUCCUAACUCGGCUGUAGCAGUUGUGUUGUUUUGCUGCUGCUUCCUGGUGUAAACUGAAGCUGUACUUCCUGUGUCGGCUGCUGCUCUCAGACUGAGUGGAAGUGAAGCUGUCAGAAUGGCUGACGGCUGCUCAGCGCUGACCUCAGACCAGCUGUGAGAGAAGCAGCAGCAGUCAUGGAUCAGCAGCCUGAGGAGCAGCAGCUCAACACCUCCUCCCUGCAGGAUGGAGGAGAGGGGCCCUUCACCUCCACCUCUGUGGCCUCCUCCUCCUCCUCAUCCACCAUCUCGUCCUCCUCAGCCCCCAACACUGAGCUGCCCUUGGUGACCCCGGACCCCCGCUGCCACCACACCAGCAGGACCUUCACCGGCCUGAGGAUCUUCUGCAGGAGGAAAGCCAUUGCGAAGUCAGGUCUGCAGGAGCACGUGGCGACUCAGCCCAACGUGUCGACGUCCGGACAGACCGACCCGCUGCAGGGAUCCAACAGCACCGUCGACUGGAGCGACAACGCCCAGUUCGGGGACCACAUCUGGUUUGAGACCAGUGGCUCUGGAGACUUCUGUUAUGUUGGAGAGCAGUACUGCAUCGCUAAAUCUCUGCAAAAGUCUGUGGCGAGGAAGAAGUGUGCCGGAUGUAAGAUAUCGGUCCACACCAUGUGCAUGGAGCAGCUAGAGAAGGUAAAUCAUCUCUGGAUUAACAGCUUCACUCUCACAUUUUCUCUCCUCACAGUCUGUCGUCUCUCUGUUCAGAUUAAUUUCAGGUGCAAGCCGUCAUUCAGAGAACCAGGAUCUCGAGCUGUUCGAGAGUCCAACGUUGUGCGACACCACUGGGUCCACAGGAGGCGUCAGACUGGGAAGUGUCGACAGUGUGGGAAGGGAUUUCAACAGAAGUUUUCAUUUCACAGCAAAGAGAUCGUUGCCAUCAGCUGCUCGUGGUGCAAACAGGCGUAUCACAACAAGGUGACGUGCUUCAUGCUGCAGCAGAUAGAGGAGUGUUGCUCUCUGGGAGCUCACGCUGCCGUCAUCAUCCCUCCUACCUGGAUCAUCAGGGUCCGCAGAACACAGUCAUCUUUAAAGUCGAGUAAAAAGAAGAAAAGGACGUCGCUGAAAUGCAACAAGUCAAGCAAGAAGGGAUCAGAGCUCCAGGAUGGCCGCUGGAAGCCCUUCCUGGUGAAGCCUCUCCCCUCUCAGCUCAUGAAGCCUCUGCUGGUGUUUGUUAACCCCAAAAGUGGAGGAAACCAGGGAGCCAAGAUCGUCCAGUCCUUCAUGUGGUACCUGAACCCUCGGCAGGUGUUUGACCUGACGAAAGGAGGACCCAGAGAGGGGUUGGAGCUGUACGCCAAAGUGCCCAACCUGAGGAUCCUGGCCUGUGGGGGGGACGGGACGGUGGGCUGGAUCCUGUCUAUGCUGGACGAGCUGAAGCUCCAUCCUCAGCCUCCGGUGGGCAUCCUCCCUCUGGGGACCGGCAACGACCUGGCCAGGACUCUCAACUGGGGAGGGGGUUACACCGACGAACCGAUAACAAAAAUCCUGUCACACGUGGAGGACGGGAACAUCGUCCAGCUGGACCGAUGGAACCUGAACGUGGAGGCGAACCCCGAGGUCCGGCCGGAAGACCGGGACGAGCAUCAGACAGACAAGCUUCCUAUUGACGUCUUCAACAACUACUUCAGCCUGGGCUUCGAUGCUCACGUCACACUGGGCUUCCAUGAAUCCAGAGAGGCGAACCCAGAGAAGUUCAACAGCCGCUUUAAGAAUAAGAUGUUCUAUGCAGGGACGGCCUUCUCAGACUUCCUGAGCGGGAGUUCGAAAGACCUCGCCAAGCACAUCAAAGUGGUGUGUGACGGUACAGACCUGACAACCAAAAUCCAGGACCUGAAGUUACAGUGUCUGCUCUUCCUCAACAUCCCCAGGUACUGUGCCGGCACCGUGCCGUGGGGUCACCCCAGUGAACAUCAGGACUUUGAACCGCAGCGCCACGACGACGGCUGCAUCGAGGUCAUCGGCUUCACCAUGACGUCUUUGGCCACACUGCAGGUGGGCGGCCACGGCGAGCGUCUCCAUCAGUGUAAAGAAGUGACCCUGACCACCUACAAGUCCAUCCCCAUGCAGGUGGACGGAGAGCCCUGUAAGCUGGCACCGUCCAUCAUCCACAUCAACCUGAGGAACCAGGCCAACAUGGUGCAGAAGGCCAAGAGGAGAAUCUCCAUGCCCCACCUCAACGAUCAGCAGCCGGUUCCUGAGAAGCUGCAGAUCAGAGUGAACCGGAUCAGCAUGGCGGCGUACGAGGCUCUGCACUACGACAAGGACCAGCUGAAGGAGGCCUCGACUCCUCUUGGCGUGAUCACCGUCCCCGGAGACAGCGACUUGGAGACCUGUCGCCUGCUCAUCGAGCGUCUCCACGACAACCUGGACCAGGACUGUGACUCCAUGAAGGGAGAGUGUCUGUCUUCUCAGAAGUUGUCCAUGAAGUGGUGUUUCCUCGACUGUACGACCGCGGAUCGCUUCUACCGGAUCGACCGAGCUCAGGAGCACCUGAACUAUGUGACGGAGAUCUCUCAGGAGGAGCUGUACAUCCUGGACCCGGAGCUGGUCGUCAAGGAGACGGUGGGCACCUCCCCGGGCAUGCCGGACCUGGUAGACUCUGAGGAGCACCAGGACCAGCAGAGACAGUUCGCCUUCCCUUGCUCCCCGAACUCCACCACCCCGAGAGUGAGAGAUUUCCAGAGGAAGAGGAUUUCCAGUGACAGUUCGGUGCCUGACGCUCAGAGCUCCUCUAAGACUGCCCUCUGCAGGAGAGGGGCAAAGAUUCUCAAUGUCCAUCGCUCCAACACCACGCUGGCUGAUUUCAGACCCAUCAUUAGUCCUACCAGUGCUACCUCACACCACCCUGAAAAAGAUGCUGAGCUGAUCAACUGCAUCAAGACUGAAGACCUGAAUCAACUGACGGAGCUCCACCAGCAGGGGGCAGACAUCCUGCAGCAGGACGCCACCGGCUGCACGCUGCUGCAUCACGCUGUGGAGGCCGGCAGCAAAGAGAUCCUCAAGUACCUCAUCGACAACGUGCCGACAUCUCACCUGGACAUAACAGAGAAGGAGACAGGUGAGACGGCGCUCCAUAAAGCCGCCUCCUCCUGUCAGAGGAGCAUCUGUCACUACCUGGUUGAGGCCGGGGCGUCGCUCAUGAAGACAGACCUGCAGGGUGAGACGCCCAAACAUCGCGCUGAGAAGGCCAACGACCAGGAACUGACUGAAUAUCUGGAGAACCGCCAACAUUACCAGAUGAUCCAGAGGGAGGACCAGGAGACGGCGGUCUGAAGUCCACCAUGUCAGUCCAAAACGUCUGUCUGUCUUUAGCUCUUUCAUUUAUUUAACCUUUUCUCCCCUCAAACCUCUGUAGCCAGAGUCAAAGGAGAAAAGGAAAAUGUUUUUAAGUCCACAGCAACAUAUCAGCUAGUGCUUCUUCUUCUUCUCUGCUGUGAGAGGACACGGAAACAUGGAUUAUUAUUAAUGUUGUCUGCUUUCAGUGAGCAGAGAUGAUGUUUAGUUGUGGAUAAAGUUGCGUUUGUAGAAGCCUGAAGACGCCUCUGUCCAAACUAAACAACAUAAAAAGCCUCUGGACACUAAAGUGAAUUCAAACUCGUCUCUCGAGGCCAUAAAGACUCACAGAUCUCCUACAAACUGCGUUUUGAAUGUGUCUUUAUGGAGGAAACAUUAGCGCUCUGACCUCUGUGUUCAGUGAAACAGAAAGUGAAACAACAGCUGCUGUGAUCGAACAGUGACGGUAUUCAUGUGUCUGCAGCUGAACAUGAUGGAACGAGACGCUUUCGCCAUAUCUGAUAGAGCGGCUGUCUUCUCUCCGGCUUCUAGUGACCUUUUGGAUGUAUUUGUUUACUCGACAGAAAUAAGUGUUUGUUCACACUUUGGAUAUUUAACUUAGACACUGAUGAAUUUAACUAUUUAUGAUUUUAUUUGCAAGAACACUUUUCGCUUUGUGAUCAAACUCAGUGAAGCAAGUCUUCGACUGCUUCGGUCCGAUUUUAGAUAUUUCAGUCAACAUAUGAGAUUUUGUUUUUGUAAUUAUUUUGUCUGUUACAUAACUGUAAAGCAAAAAUGGCCGCCAGCGGGAUGCUUUCAUUGUGAUGUGUGUGUACAUAGCUGAGAUAGACUCGUCAGUGUUCAGCCAGAUUCUGCCAAAGCAGUCAAGUCUGUAUUAAUAAUAAAUAACAUAACAGUCAGAAUGACAUUAUACUGGAUGAUAUAUGAGUAAUAAGUUUUGUUUGGUUUUAUCAUUUCUGAGUGACCUGCAAUAAAAGCAUGUCAGUAACA